UAUCUUCUUCGUUUUCACCGAUCAAAAAAGUCUGAUCUGGUUAGGCCUUUCAUGUUUUCCGGUUUCCGGUUCUUCGGACGAAGUCAAUUAUAUCUCUUUCUUCCUCAUAGCUGAUCUUAAUUUCUGAAAGCCAUUAACAUGUUUCUGGGCAGAGCUACUAGGCAUGCCUUCCCCAAAUUUCUUUCCCUUUUUGCAUUUUCUCCAUCUUCUUUCCUUCUUCCUCUGCCUAAGGAUCUUAGCCGUAACUUUCGCUUUCUUUCCUGUUCGCUAAAUCCUCGUAGCAUUGAAGAGGCAGUCUCUUCAUUUGAGAGCUUGCUUCACAUGAAUCCUCAACCCUCUAUAUUUCGUAUUAACAAGAUUUUAGGAUCCCUUGCAAAGAUGAAACAUCACCGAACUGCUCUCUCCCUUUUUUCACAAACAGAAUGCAAGGGAUUUUCGCCUUCUUUAGUUACUCUGAACAUCCUGAUCAACUGUUACUGCCAUUUGGGUCGGAUGUCUUUGGCUUUCUCUGUAUUGGGGAAGAUUUUCAAGAUGGGCCGUCAGCCAGGUACAAUCACUUUAACUACGCUGAUGAAGGGCUUCUGCAUGAAUAAUAACGUUAGAGAAGCACUUGUCUUUCAUAAUGAUUUAUUGAAAAAGGGAUUUCAGUUGGAUGAGGUAAGCUAUGGCACCCUCCUUAAUGGGUUUUGUAAAGUUGGAAAAACAACUGCUGCUCUUGAAUUGCUUCGAGAGAUGGAGGCGGGACUUGUUAAGCCUAAUUUAGUUAUGUACACCGCAGUAAUCGACGGUCUUUGUAAAGAAGGGCUUGUAAAUGAGGCAAAAAGUUUAUAUCAUGAAAUGAUUAGUAAGGGAAUAACUCCUAAUAUUUGGACCUACAACUCUCUCAUAUAUGGUUUCUGUUGCAUGGAUCAAUGGCAAGAAGUUACGCAGCUGUUAAAUGAAUUGGUAUUAGAAGGCAUCAAUCCUGAUAUUUAUACUUUUACUAUCUUGGUUGAUGCAUUCUGUAAAAAUGGGAGCAUAACCAAAGCUGAGGCAAUAUUUGUUAGGAUGAUGAAAUGUGGUAUAAAGCCUAAUGUUGUCACUUAUAGUGCUUUAAUGGAUGGAUAUUGUUUGACUAAUAAUGUUGAUGAGUCAAAGAAGGUUCUUGAUAGAAUGAUUAAAAGUAAUUUGACACCUAAUGUUUUCAGUUACAAUAUCUUGAUUAGCAGGUUAUGUAAAAGUAAAAGGGUUGGUGAAGCCAUGGAUCUCGUUCAAGAAAUGAGUUGCAAAAGUUUGCUUCCUGAUACUGUCACCUACAAUUCCCUUAUUGAUGGGCUGUGCAAAUCAGGAAAGAUCUCAAAUGUUCAAGGGCUUAUUUAUGAGAUGCAUGAUAACGGUCAUCUACCAAAUAUAAUAACGUGCAAUGUCUUGUUGGAUGGAUUAUGCAAAAGCCAGCAUCUUGACGCAGCAAUUAUGCUAUAUAAUAAAAUUUGUGGCUUGGGAUUUCAUCCUAAUAUAUACACGUAUACCAUUCUUAUUGAUGGUUUGUCCAAAGGGGGAAGGUUAAAUACUGCGCGACAGAUUUUUCAGCAUCUUUUGGUUAAAGGAUAUCCUUUGAAUGUCCAAGCCUAUACUGCUAUGAUCAAUGGACUUUGUAAGGAGGGCUUUUUUGAUGAGGCAAAGGCCUUACUUUUUCAAAUGGGAGACAAUGGAUGCCUCCCGGAUUUUGUAACUUUUGGAACAAUCAUUGGACAUCUUUUGGAAAAAGGUGAGAACGUGAAGGCAGAGAAUCUUCUUGAUGAAAUGCUUGCUAGAGGUCUCCUAAAACAAUAAAAGAAGAUGGGAAGCAUACGUGGCUAAUGAUUAUCCGUAGGCUUCAUUCCCUCAUCCCACUCUUCUUGCUAUAUUUUGAAGCGAAACUACUUCAACAGCCGUGAAAAUCUAUCAUUUUUCUUUCUAUUUAUGGUUUGUCUUUAGAGUAUGUGUUGACUAUGUAGUGUCUGGUAGCAUUAAGAUUCAAAGGCAAUUGUAUUGGCUUCCCUCCUUUUUUUCUUAUUUAUUAAAUUGUUUUCUGAGCUUUUUUUUUUCUGGCAAUGACCAUUGAAUCCCUGAAGUUCAUUGGUCUAUUUCAACUAGUUAGUAGUCAUUUGAUUGACUUUGCUUUGCUGAUUCAGAUAGGUAGCAUGUGUGGCCAAUGAUGAUCCAAAGUGUUGAUUCCCCCAUCCCACUUUUUUCGUUAUUUUAGCAUCUAUGUCAAGUUACAGAUAUGAAAUCUUUCAUUUUUCUUCCGUUGUUUGGCUUUGCUUCUUUUCUUGUAAUGUAUACCAGUUUGUUCCUCUGAAAUGACCAUAAUGAGUGUUUGAAU